CAAGUAUUGUAGGACAAUGAAAUUUCCUUAAAAUAUUGGGCAAAAUUAUAUAGUUUGUAUUUUGGGCUUGGGCUUCUUGUGCAUGUUUACUUAGAUUUGAGUCCAUGGGCCCAAAGCUUUGCUCCAUCAUGUGCAAAGGAUCAUUUUAUCUGUAUUCUUCUUGUUAAUGGUGAAGAAAACAACUAACGACGGGAACAAUUCCGGCGAUUCCAAUACUCCGGCUAUCUAGAAUUUCUUCUCAGAGAUGGCGUCCGACGAGGAAUAUACCGGAGCUCCGGAAAUGUAUCCAAGCAAACGUGUCAAAACCCUAACCCUGGGUUCACCUGAAUCUUCCCCGUCCUCAUCCGACAAAGGCAAAUCGAAGCUUGAACUUUCGGAUUCAGAGACGGAAUCGAAUUGCUGUGGAAUUUGCUUGACUGAAACUGGACAUGGAACAACAAUUAUCAGAGGUGUUAUAGAUUGUUGCGACCAUUACUUUUGCUUUGUAUGUAUCAUAGAGUGGUCUAAAGUUGAGUCCAGAUGCCCCAUGUGUAAACGCCGGUUCUCCAUCAUCCGCCGCCCUCCUAGACCUCCCAUUUUCCCUUCCGAACGCGUUGUCAAUGUUCCUGUCCGCGAUCAGGUUUAUCAUUGCCAUGGAAAUGCAACAACUGGACCACGGGAUCUGUAUGCAGAAGUGCAAUGUAACGUGUGCCACAGCACGGCCGAUGACGUUCUCCUGCUGUUGUGUGACCUUUGUGACACUGCUUAUCAUACUUAUUGUGUUGGCCUUGGUGCUACUGUUCCUGAGGGCGAUUGGUUUUGUGCAGACUGCGCCCUUCUGAAGGCUGAACAGGCCCAGAGUGAGAUAAAAACUGAUUGCUAUACCCAAACUAGUUUCAGUGAACCCCAAUCAGCAGAAUCAGCAAGACAAGUAUCUAUAUAUGAUAUUGUACGAGAGUCUUAUGUUGAUGGUGUCGAGAGCGCUCCAAAUGGUGCUUUGGAUGCUUCCGAGAGUUCAUCUCGUAUUGAAUCUAGAAGGCAAAGUACUUCUCGAAGCAGCUCAAUUAGGUUAGGUUAUGUAGGAAAAAAUGGUGUUGCAGGACGCGCCACUAAGUUCAAUGCCAGAACACUGGGGCAUUGCCGCAAUGUCCAUGAUAGGAUACGCAUAUUGCGUGAACAUUGGAAUGGUUUUCAAAGUGGAUCCUUGAGGUUUCCUUCUAGCAAAGUGAGUAAUGCUAGUAGUGCUAAACUAAAACCAGUGCGUGGCAGCAGUUCUGGUGAACGGCCUUUAGUAUCUUGCUCGAGUCAACCAAGGACUUCUCAGCCUUCCAAUCAAAAUAGACCUGACAGUAAAGGGUCAACAGAGGUGGAGAAGGCGUGGAAAAUGAUGAAUAUGGCUAAGGCAAUAGAACAAAAUAGUGUCGGGAACAAAAGUUCUGUUCAGGCCUCAAAACACUCCGUUCAGAAGAAUACUAGCUACAAAGAAGCGAGUGAAUCGAGCUCAAGGUCUAUCUCACUAAAGAUUGAACAGCAUCGACCUACGUAUAUUCAAAAUGUUGGUCCAGGUAGUCAUUCCGAGAGUGAUGUUUGUAAGUUGGACAUUAGAUCAAAAGGUGCUUCAGGUGUAUAUAAUGGUUCUUCAAUGUCAUGCAGACCAUUAUAUAGUGAACUUGUAUCUUCGAAGGAGUCUCAGACUUCACUUCAGCCAUAUGUCUGUGAUGCGAACAAUGGACUACCACGGAAGAAUAAGUCGUGUGCUGGGUCCACACAUUUGAGUUCUUCUAUCAGGUCGACAUCAAUUUCUACUACUGUAGGUCAUGAGAAAGAGAUCAGUUCUUCCUCGAAUAGCAUUGUGAAUCCUCAGGAGAAACUGAAGGUCGAAAGGAGUGGCACUAAGAGAAGGGUUGAGGUGAAAUCUGAUGCUAAGACUGAGAUCCAAUCUCUUGUGAAGCUCAACCUGAAAAUCCUGUGCAGAGAUAAAAAGCUCGAAGCUGACACAUUUAAGCAAGUUGCAAGACUAGCUACUCAUUCCAUCUUAGCUGCUUGUGGUCUGGAGCACAAAACACAUGGUAUUUCUUCCCUUCCAGAAUGCGUGUGUGUCCACAGCGAGGAAGAUAAGGAACUCAGGAGAUCUACUCUAAUGCCUAAAUCGUGCCGAGAAUGUUUCUUCUUAUUUGUGAAGAAUGUGGUGAAUACUAUACUGCUAGACAAGAGAUGACAGGAUUGGUAGUUUGCAACACCAUUAGACAUUUGCCUAUACUUCUUUAUAGGUCAGAAUUAUACCAUAGAUAAAUUAGUUCAGGGGAAAUAUUUAUCAUUUUAGUGGGCUAUUCAGUGUUCUGUAGACAUUUUGUAAAACAUAAUUGUACCUGUUAUGUUUGGUAAAUGGCUAACUGUUAUUUUGAUAAUUAUG